AUGGCGCAGCAGCUAGUGUACACGCGGGGCCGAUGCUCCGGAUUCCAGAAACCCCCCGGUGGCCAGGUUGAGCUCUCUGAAACACUUCCAUCACUUCACGACGCCCUGCUGUCGGCGUACUGGGGCCUGUGGCGCGCGCAGAACAAUGGCCUGGGAUGUCACACGUCCCAAAACUCGGACCUCGCAUCGGACCUUGCGCUCUUCUGGUUCAAGCGCCAACAUCUGCGCACAGGCAUCCAUCCAUCACUAACGGCGUGUGGCCACGCUGGCUGUCUCUUCACCGGCCGAGCUGCAUUGAUGGGCGAACCUGGAGGAGAGGUACUCCAAGAAGAGACCAUGCUGUCGCACCAAGUAGAUCCCACGAGGAAGUCCGAGCGGACAAAGGAUAAUUACAAGACCUGCUGCUUGACCCCGGCUAGGAUGGGAACAUCAGCAGGCUACAUGAGCAACUUCUGCGCCUGCCAGGCUCUGAGACGGGGCACUUGCCAUGCAUCAAGCAAAGACCCUCACGGUCUGCCGCAAGAACUCGUAACCGUCCAUGAGUUGGAUUUGUGGUGCGCAGAUAUUGGAGUGGCCCGGGGCGAGUCGCAAUCUCCCACAUUGAGUGGCAAGACGGCCGAGAAAGCCCAGUGCACCUUUUCCGCCUGCCAACACAACGACGCAUUCCAUGGGCAGCGCCUUGGUGGCUGGCUGCCCAUAGCACUAAACCGUCUGGAGCUGCCCAACCGGGCCGACGUGCAGCUUGGGCUUCGAGCUGCGGUCUCGUACCGCACCGUGUAG